AGUGAUGCAUAGUGUUAGAGAAUAAUCUGACGUGGGUCAGGAAGUCGGGCUGGUUUCCCGGCGGCUCGACCCCGUUACCUCAGCUUCCCCCCACCUUCCCCCGGGCGAGGCCCGGAGCCCCCCGAUCCCACCAUGCUCGACUUCUUCACCAUCUUCAGCAAGGGAGGCCUUGUGCUGUGGUGCUUCCAGGGCGUGCGCGGCCCCGCAGCUGCCUGCAGUGCGCCCGUGAACGCGCUUAUCCGGUCUGUCCUGCUCCAGGAGCGAGGUGGCAGUAACUCUUUCACCCAUGACUCCCUUACGCUAAAAUACAAAUUGGACAAUCAGUUUGAGUUGGUCUUUGUGGUUGGAUUUCAAAAAAUUCUGACGUUAACCUAUGUGGACAAGUUGAUAGACGAUGUUCAUAAGGAGUUCCGGGACAAAUAUCGCAAUGAAUUUCAACAGAAGGGAACUCUUGGGCUUCUCAAUGGCACCUUUGACUUUAAAGAAGAUUUUUUACGCCUCUUACGGGAUGCAGAGGAGAGCAGUAAAGUCCGAGCUCCCACUGCCAUGAAGACAUUUGAACAAUCUGCAAAGUCCCAAAAAACAGUGAAGUCUAUGAUAGAAACUCGAGGAGAGAAACCAAAAGAGAAAACUAAGAACAAGAAAAACAAAGGUUCCAAAAAAGAAGGAGCUGAAGCCGCUGCACCCCCCAAAGUAGCACCAGAUGUUAAGCCGGACCUUCCUGUUGCCACUGGAGACAAGGAGGAACUGACCAAGGAUGAGAUCCUGCAGAAAAACCGUGAGGAGUUCUUUAGGAAGCGCAUGAAGGGGGGAGAGAAAACCAACAAGUCGCCAAAGCCAGACGCUUCGAAGGAUAAGGGGAAGAAACCCAGAGUGUGGGAUCUGGGGAACUCUAAUGCCAAAGUACUUGAUUAUAGUAACUCAACUACCAAUGGGAAUGCAGACACUUGUCCUAUGGAAGAGUAUGACCCAGAUAUGGUCCUUGGGGAUCCUGACCGUGAGCCUGGCCAUCUCCGUGAUCUGGAAUAUGAGAGUGAAGAAGAAAUUGAAGAAGAGAAGGAGGUUCACAGCUCUUCAAGUGCCAGCGUUAAGAAAGGUGGCCUUGGAGGCAUGUUUGGGAUGCUGAAAGGCCUUGUGGGCUCCAAAAAUUUAACUAGAGAGGACAUGGACCCUGUGCUGGAGAAGAUGAAGGAUCACCUAAUUGCCAAGAAUGUUGCGGCUGACAUCGCCGUCCAGCUCUGUGAAUCGGUUGCAAAAAAACUGGAAGGCAAAGUGAUGGGCACCUUCACCACGGUGACCUCAACCGUGAAACAGGCCCUUCAGGAAUCUCUGGUACAGAUCCUGCAGCCUCAGCGUCGUGUAGAUGUCUUGCGCGAUGUGAUGGAUGCCCAGCGCCACCGCCGACCCUAUGUUAUCACUUUCUGUGGGGUCAAUGGAGUUGGGAAGUCAACCAACUUGGCCAAGAUUUCUUUCUGGCUGAUUGAAAAUGGGUUCAGUGUCCUUAUUGCCGCCUGUGAUACGUUCCGUGCCGGAGCUGUGGAACAGCUGCGCACUCACACUCGCCGCCUGAAUGCCCUGCACCCGCCGGAGACUCACAGCGGCCGCACAAUGGUUCAACUGUACGAGAAAGGAUAUGGGAAGGAUGCUGCUGGGAUUGCCAUGGAGGCCAUUGCUUAUGCCCGCAACCAAGGUUUUGAAGUCGUCUUGGUGGAUACCGCAGGCCGUAUGCAAGACAACGCUCCCUUAAUGACUGCUCUGGCCAAACUUAUUGCGGUCAACACCCCUGACCUCGUCUUGUUUGUGGGAGAGGCCUUGGUGGGAAACGAGGCUGUGGAUCAGCUGGUCAAAUUUAACAAGGCCCUUGCUGAUCACUCCAUGGCUCAGACUCCACGCCUCAUUGAUGGGAUUGUGCUCACUAAAUUUGACACUAUUGAUGACAAGGUUGGUGCUGCAAUCUCUAUGACAUACAUCACCAGCAAACCGAUUGUGUUUGUUGGUACCGGACAAACCUACUGUGACCUGCGUAGCCUUAAUGCCAAGGCUGUGGUUGCUGCUCUCAUGAAAGCCUAGCCACCAGUUAUUGCACCAAAUUCCUGUUUGCAGAUGUCUGUCUCUCUUUUUCUUUUUGCUGACACAGUGCAGGCAGAGCGGAGGGAUGCUGGAGAAAGGGGCUGCUGCUUCGUCCCUUCCCUGACAUGUUCUUCCUCUUGGUUUCAAUAAUGCACACCUUCCUUUAUGGGAUGAGUGGGUUUUAUUUGGCCAGGGAGGUCUGUCUUCAAUCAUGUUCUGCUGAUUUGAAAUUAUUGAUUCUGGUCACACAUCUUGGCUUGGGGGAGAGGGGGCAGUUUGGGGGGGGGUGUCUUGCUCUAGCUAGAAGUGUUCAUUGGCAAUAGGAACCUCAUGAUCUUGUUAAUGCAGCCAGCUAGCCUUCUUCCCCUGUGUCCUUUCAUUCUACUUGCAGAGGUGAAAACAAGAGCUUUGUUCAUCCUAGUUAGUGGGGUGGCGGAAUACUCUGCCACUAACUAGGCAUUUAAAAUGUAGCUGAGAUUCUUGUGGGCUUCUGCAACCACUCAAGAAUGUGCUUCAGGAAGAAUUGGGGGUGGGAGGGGUUGCUUUUUCCUGUUUCCUUGCAGUUAAUUGGCUGCUGUAGAAUGGAUAUAGACAUUGCCAACUGCCAGUUCUAGCAGAUCAAACAUAACCCUUGCUGCUUGCUUUGAUCGUAGUGGCUCACCAAAGCUUUCAAACCAAAAAGGAAAAAAAUGGCAACAGUCAGCCCUGCUGCUCACAGAGGAGCUUUGGGAGGGAAGGAUGGGGAGGGGGGGCUACUGAUGCCUUAAAAGGUCCUGCUUCCCACAGGCAGUGGGACUCUUCACAGCAGGGCCGUCCACACAUAGCCCCGCACCAUGGUGUUCGCACAGCGCAGGUCCUCGCAGUCCCUUGUUUCUAAUAACGCCUCUCCACCUGAUCCAAGAGCUGCUGCUUGCCCCACCUUUUUACUGGACUAAACCCCAGCUGAUUCACACAGCUGUGGCCCACGCGGUUGGAUGUAGCCAGCAGGGCUUGGGCUGAACUUGUCCGUAAUUCACUGUGGAGCACGAGCUGUAAAUCAUGCAUGCCAAACCAACGGCAUGUGCUGGUUGGUGAAACGGAAGCUUGUGCUCAAAACGGAACGAGUCGGAUGGCCCCCUUCCCCGAUUCCCCUGCAGAGUCCGAUCCAAGUGUGGGAAGGGGAUGACCUGUCUGGCCCCAGAAAGGGUUGUUUAUGCUAAUUGGCUCUAGCUCUGAUAUCACUGGAAAAGGCUGGGGCCAGUCCAUGCUGAUUCUCCUCUUUUCUUCCACAGGGUAAGUUUUCUGUACCUUCAUUCCCAAACCUUGUUUCAUCAGCAAACUUCAUAAUAUAAAUGGCCAGCACAAGUUAUCUGCAUGCUUCCCCACUCUAAACUGGCUUUGUUUGCUUUUCCAAACCGGUCUGUGAAAGGAAUUUCCUGCUAGGAAAAUGCUGGUGGCCGCUUGCUGCUUUUCUGUCCCCUCCCUUCAGAGUGCCUCUUGAUCCUGGUAAUAAAGUGCUAUGUUGAAUAA